GGUGAAAAAUCUGAUUCUCGUCUUAAACAAAAUUGGACAUUUUAUCGAAUAUAUUCUGCUGAUGCAUCGAUUAAUUCCCUAACAAUAACACGUUUCAGAUUGGCUUCAUUUUUCUUAACCAGCAAAUCAUUAUUUUUUCUUGCAUCGAAACUGAGACCUUCGUAAACACCCAGUUUUUCCUCAGUUUUCCUUGCUGAGAAAAUAAGUUCUCCCCGAAAUUAAAUUUGGUCGUAUGGCGGAAGAGUUGAACCCAAUGAAUGUACAUCCAGGAAUACCUGCAACAUCGGAAGUCUCUGCUUAUUGGAUCAUCCCUGGUGCAUGUUUCGGCUUGUCUGCUGUUACAGCCCUGUUUAUGAAGUAUAGAGAUCACAUGUUGAAGCUCAAGUCAAAUGCGGAAAACUUGGAAACUUGGACAGAUUUGAACGAAAUUGAGGAGUUGAAAUCGCUGAUCCAAGAACGAGGCAAACUUUGCAGUCUCACCAGAGCUGAAUUGGACCAGGCGUUGCAGCAAGAGGAGCAAAGCGUGGAAGAGCUCCAGUGGCUCAUCAGAGACACCGACAGGCAGAAGGAAUUGGAGCGAGAUGCCUUGAAUCAGCGAGGGGCUAACGAACGCAUCAAGAACAAACUGGACCUGGCGAAAAAGGAGCUGGCCUGGUGGAAAGAAAGGGCCAAACAAUUGCGGGAAAACAGUUUGACAGUGGCUGAGACAGAGGCGUCAAAGAGCGCUGCUGAGGCAAUGCUACAAGACAAAGAGCGAGAGAUGAUGAAGAAGAAGCACGCCUUGCACGAAAUACGUCGGAAGCGAUGGGAGAAACCUUUCAGAGCCAUUACAUCAUUAGAAAAGGAAUCUGGCAGCUCUGAUGGGUUUUCAGCGGCGAUCAAAUGCCUGUCGACGUCAACGUCACCGUCGAUGUCUUCGUCGACAUCGUCAGCACCCUGGUCUUCGUCAGGUGCCAACGUGGCUGGGGAAUCAUUGCGACGAGUCGUUCGACGCCUGUCGGGCACGGAAGUGAUGCUCGAGCCGGAAGCGCCACAGGAAGUGACGUUCGAGCCCGGGAAUAAGGACACCGACACUGUCGUAUCAGCCGUUGACGCUGUCGAUUCGGAUCCGGUCGUUUCCGGGAUUUAUCCGCCUCGUGACGUGCUGUCGACAAGAGGAUCUACGACAGCUGAGUCCUGCUGUAGUAGCAGUAGUGAGGAGGAACUCGCACAGCUCGAUUAAUUGCGGGAAGGAUCCCUCUUUUUUUGUUGUUGUCAAAAUUGUUUUUAUUUCUUGAGAAGAAUUUUUUUGGUAUCAACGGGGUUAGCUUCCCCCUCUUUCUCUUUUUUUGCACUUGUCUUGUGCUUGAAUUUAAAUCUUUUAAAUUGGCUUGAAAUGGAAACCAAAGUUAAUUUUCCGACAA